AUGGGCAAGAAGGCCGUGCCUAAAGAAGAGGAUGCUGCUGAGAAAUUGAAGGAGAAAGAGUUUCAAGAGAAGAUUGGGAGUGUAGUAGUACAAGCCUCAGUAAUGAUGAAGGAGCCUAAAGAACAACACCCUCUGAAAGUGAAAAAAGAGACCGAGGAUGAGCAAAUUGCUAAAUUCUUGACAGUGUUGGAGAAGAAGCCUCCCUAUAUGGCCUGUCUGAAAAGUGUAUUCUCUGAGAAGAAGGCCCUGAGGGGAGAUAAAACUGUGGUGCUAACCAAGGAGUGCAGUGCAUUAGUGCAAAAGAAGCUACCUCCGAAAUUGCCAGAUCCUGGAAACUUCGUAAUUCCCUGCACCAUAGGGACUAUCACAUUUGAGAAAGCAUUAUGCGACCUUGGAUCAAGCAUAAAUCUGAUGUCCCUCUCUGUGAUGAAGAAGCUGGGUAUUCAAGAGGUGCAACCCAUAAGAAUCUCACGGGAGAUGGCAGACAAGUCCCUAAAGCGGGUAUAUGGAUUGGUGGAGAAUGUCCUUGUAAAGGUUGAAGACCUUUACCUUCCUGCAGACUUCGUGAUAUUUGACACUUGGGAGGAAAAAGAUGACUCCAUCAUCCUAGGAAGGCCAUUCCUAGCUAUUGGGAGAACCUUGAUUGAUGUGGAGAGCGGAGAGCUAGUCCUAAGAAUGCAUGAGGACCAUUUGCUAUUCAAAAUUCCUAAGCCUCAACCACUCUCAGACAAAGGUGGUACUAGCAUACAGAGCUCAGUGCUCGAGCCUUCUCACUCAAUUCAUAAGGCAAGGAUUAGGUGGAAGAAGUGA